CUGCGCUCGCCAUGCUGCGAGGGCCGCGGGACCUGUCUCCGGCCGCGGGGCCACCCCCCAAGGGGCUGCCCGCGAUGAGCCCAACGGAGCUGUGGCCCCCCGGCCUCAGCAGCCCUCAGCUCUGCCCGGCCACCACCACCUACUACACCCAGCUGUACCCGCAGACUGUGCCUCCCGCUGCGGCGCCGGGCACCUGCCUCGACGCCACCCCCCACGGACCGGAGGGCCAAGCUGUGCGAUGCGUGCCUGCUGGCCGGCUGCCGGCCAAAAGGAAGCUGGACCUGGAGGGGAUCGGGAAGCCUGUGGUCCCUGAAUUCCGAACUCCCAAGCGGAAGUGCAUUAGAGUGGAUGGCCUCCCCAGCCCCAAAACCCCCAAGUCGCCUGGGGAGAAGACUCGCUAUGACACGUCGCUGGGGCUGCUCACCAAGAAAUUCAUUUACCUCCUGAGCGAGUCUGAGGAUGGGGUCCUGGACCUUAACUGGGCUGCUGAGGUGCUGGACGUGCAGAAGCGGCGCAUCUACGACAUAACCAAUGUGCUGGAGGGCAUCCAGCUCAUCCGCAAGAAGGCCAAGAACAACAUCCAGUGGGUAGGCAGAGGACUGUUUGAAGACCCCACCCGGCCUGGGAAGCAGCAGCAGCUGGGGCAGGAGCUGAAGGAGCUAAUGAGCAUGGAGCAGGCCUUGGACCAGCUCAUCCAGAGCUGCUCUCUGCACUUCAAGCACCUGACGGAGGACAAGGCCAACAAGAGACUGGCCUACGUGACUUACCAGGACAUCCGUGCUGUGGGCAGCUUUAAGGAGCAGACGGUGAUCGCUGUCAAGGCCCCUCCGCAGACGAGACUAGAAGUGCCUGACAGGAGCGAGGAGAACCUGCAGAUAUACCUGAAGAGCACGCAGGGGCCCAUCGAAGUCUACCUGUGCCCAGAAGAGGUGCAGGAGCCCAACAGUCCUGCCAAGGAGCCCCUCCCCUCCACCUCCGCCCUCAGUCCCAGCUCUGACCCCACCCAGCCCAGCAGCAGCAUCAACCCUGGAAUCACGGAAUCCACAGCAUCCUCAGCACCAGCGCUGACGUCCCAGCAGGUCCUGCCACCACUCCCGCCAUCCCUUGUUCCCCUGGAGGCCACCGACAGCAUGCUGGAGCUGCCGCACCCACUCCUGCAGCAGACGGAGGACCAGUUCCUGUCCCCGACGCUGCCGUGCAGCUCCCCUCUGAUCAGCUUCUCCCCGCCCUUGGACCAGGACGACUACCUGUGGGGCCUGGACGGCGGGGAGGGCAUCAGUGACCUCUUCGACACCUAUGACCUCGGGGACCUGCUGAUUAACUGAAUGGCCCCUGCCUGCCCCCCAGCAACCCCUCCAGUCUCUACCUCCUCACAGGCAGACUGACAGGCCCUCUGCCUGCACAGGAUGUGACACGAGGUGCUGCCCUCAGGGUAUGGGGGUCCCCCCUUUUCCUUUCCUACCUACCACCUGCCAGCCAGCGCUGUCAGGGGAAUGUGGAGGAUACGGGAGAGGAGCCUGUCAGGGGUUGGGUCCUGUCCUUCUUGAUGGAAACUGGGCCUGGGAAGACACAGCCAGUCUUCUGACCUCUGAUCUCAUGUGAAGGGCCACAGGGGAGGUGACCAGGUCCAAGGAGAGUUCCUGCAAUUGCCUUUAGAGGGGCAAUUAGGACCCUCAGUUUAUCAAGAAGCACUUAAUGCCUUUGUAUUUAUUUCAGGUUGAGUUUUGUUUGUUUGCCUUCCCUGAGUUUUAGCAGGGAGGUUGUUCUAGUUCCUAGGAAGACAUCUCCUCAGACAGGUCCAAGGGCUGGCGGGGGCUUGCAGGGGCCCAGGCCAACUCCCUGACUCCCCCCAGCAGUGGGGGACUGGGCCUCAGGGGACCAUCCAGUCUGCUGGAAUGCCAGUUGCACUUCAGCCUCCUAAUUCUCUCGAGCGGGGGCUGCAGGAUUCCUGGUCUUCUGUGUCCCAGAGCUGGUUCCAGGGAGUCAGCCCAGAAGAGCUCCCGGGGAAACUGGGGCACGAACAUGGAAGCAGCUGUCCGCUGCUGUGGGCACCUUUCCUCCGUUGUUGCCUCUUGCUGGGACAGGGGCUGUUUUACACUGAGGACCUGGGCGGUAGAGAUAGGCCCACUAUGGACAAGGGUGAGCAUAAAAUAAGAAACUGCCAGAAAGCACCUCUGCUGGUAGCUGCUGGUAUCGUCCUCCCCUUCCCUGGAAGGACUUUUUUUUGCUACAUCUGUCGAAGGGGGUGAUUCUUUAAGGACCUCCCCUUCCCCCCAGCUCUCACAGAGACCCCCAGGGACAGAAGUGACCACGGCUUGAUGGCAUGUUGGCUCCUUUUGUCACAGGAUGCUGAAGGGGUGACAGGGAAGAGUCUUCAUGGCAGACCAGACGUUGGCAGCUAAUGGGGACAUGGGCUCAUGUUACCUCUUCAGGCUUGGGGUCCUAAGAAGGUCUUUUGGCCUCACCCCAUCCUCCAGAGGCUUGACCAUCCCACAUUGUCCCCAUAGCCCAGCUGGGUAUGGGGCAGUCAGCUCUCCUCCCCCGCCCAACUUGGGGUGGGUGGGGGGCUCUGGGCUGAACCAAGGCUGUGCCUUCCUGAGAGAGGCAGCCAGGGGUGGUGGUCUGAGAGACCCACCACCCACCCUCAGGGAGCUAGGUUUCCUCAGGGGCUCAGCUGGGCAGCACUUUUAUUUUUUUAAGUUUGUAGCAUUAAGUUGGUUUCAAAUAUGAAGUUGGCUCUAUGGGAUUGCUCCUGAGCUGACCUACUGGCUUCUGAAACUUGGAAGGUGGGCUUCUUUGGGGGUGGGGUCCAAUGUGAGCUAAUGCCCAGCCAGGGACAGUCAGGCCUUGUCAUUUGCUCAACUUCCUGGGUCCCCAAGUUAGUGCCCUCUCAGGAAUGGUCACAGAUACCCUGCUCUAUAAACAGGGCUAGUUUUUUUAUGCUUUACAGAAGUGACUUUGGUCUCUACUCUCUAAACACAGGGGUCUCAUCAGAAGGCAGUUUUUUUGUUUUGUUUUGUUUUUUUGCUGUACGCGGGCCUCUCACUGUUGUGGCCUCUCCCGUUGAGGAGCACAGGCUCCGGACACGCGGGCUCAGCGGCCAUGGCUCACAGGCCCAGCCGCUCCGCGGCACGUGGGAUCUUCCCAGACCGGGGCACAAACCCGUGUCCCCUGCAUCGGCAGGCGGACUCUCAACCACUGCACCACCAGGGAAGCCCCAGAAGCCAGUUUUGAAGCCCAGCAUGCCUAGGGCCAAGGGACCACCUUGGCCCUUGGGUGGGGGGAAGGGGUGCUGCCUGAGAUCUGGUUUGGGGCGGGUGGGGCUGGAGAUGGCAUGGUUGUUGUGAGGUCUCUGCUGGGCUGCCAUCUAGCCAUGCGCCAUAUCUGAGGACAGAGCUGUCUGACUUCCAUGCCUUGGGCUCUGUCUAGAGCUUUCUCCUAGAAUUAAAUCAUAGAAAAGGGAAAUGAAUUUAGUGGUGAAAUCCAGCCAGAAUUGAAGCUCAUUCCCCAAAGCCCAGCCAAAGGGCUGGACAGAGAGGCUGUCCCUUGGGCCCAUGGCCUAUAUCCAGAGCAGCUGGCGCCCCCACCGUCCUGUCCCCUCCACACCUGUCUUGGCCCAGUGGCGGGAUCACCAGGCCAAGCCUCAGGCUUGGUGUAGGAAACAAGCUUGUGCCUCUUUCUUCCUGGUGAUUCCUGAAACCUCCCAAGUUCCAUCAAGUACUUUAAGAAACAUUUUGAGUGGAAUUCCCUUCAGGGCCCAGGUAAACUUUAAAACCAGGGUAGAAGAAAAGCCAGUUUCUUUCUGAGGUAAACUAUUCCUGCCAGGAAAUUUCCCAGCCGCUCUGGCAGCCCCCACUCCACCCCCGUCACUCAUGUCCCCAGGGGCAUCAAAGGCUCGGGGACUCCCGGGAACCCAGUAGUAUUAAAUUGUGCAGUAGUGUUGGAGAUUCAAAGAGAUUUCUUAAAACCAGAGUAGCAUCUCUCCUCCACAGCCACGCUGUGGUCUGAACAGUGCGGCUACAGGGAAGAGGAGGGGGAGGGCGGAGGGUGUUAAAACUGGCUGGAGCGUGGUUUUGACUUUAUUUCCUCUUUCCAGGUGUUCAGCCUCAGUUCUGCGCCGUGUUUAGUUUUUAGUGAAAGAGUUUGGGUGCUCCUGCGUCCAAGCAUUGUGUGGCUUAAAGCAUUUGAAGUGAAAGACUUUUGGGGUUGUUUGCAAGCAGCUUUCUGGUUCUUAUCACUGUGUCCUGAGGUCCCCACCUCAUCCUAGGACCCUAGCCUACCAUGGGGACUCUCGGUGAGCAGAAGCCCAGCCAGCCUGCUGGCUCCUGGAUAAGUGCUGAGGCCUUGUAUGUGACACAUGUGUCUAGAAGGACCCUGGUCUCUGCUGGGAUUCCAUUCGGGUCACUCACCUCUGGCCGGGUUUCUGGUUUUGCCCUGUGUCCUGCCUUGACGAGCACCAUGUAAACCUCCACGUGUUGUGAU